AUGCCCGCCGAAACCGAAACCGCGCGCAAGUACCACAUCGUCGGCGACUACGCCACCGCGCUGAACCCUCGAAACGACGCGCGAAGCGUGGAAAAAUACGCGCGACACUUGGUGCUGCGUCCCCACGGCGCGCGCAUCCAACGCGCGCUGUGCGCCGCGCGCGUCCUCGUCGUCGGCUGCGGUGGCCUCGGGUGCCCGUGCGCGAUAUAUCUCGCCGCCUCGGGCGUGGGAACGCUCGGAUUGUGCGACGCGGACGCGGUGGAGCUGAGCAACUUGCAUCGACAGGUGGGACACUCGACGGCGGCGACCGGGACGUCGAAGGCGAAGUCGUUGGCGGCGCGGUGCGAGGGAUUGAACGAUGGCGUUCGAGUCGUGGUGCGAGAAACGUUCGCGACGACGGAAAAUGUGAUGGAACUUGUGGCGGGGUACGACUUGGUGUGCGAUUGUAGCGAUAAUCCGAGGACGAGGUAUUUGUUGUCGGACGCGUGCGCGAGCGCGGAGAUUCCGCUCGUGAGCGCGGCGUGCGUGGGAUUUGAAGGGCAGCUCACGGUGCUGUGUGGCACGCGAGCGUGGAAUGAUGACGAUGAAUCGUUUGGGGAGUUUGCGCCCGCACCGUGUUAUCGAUGUUUGUUUCCGACGCCGCCGGCGUCGGGAGACGCCGGGACGUGCGGGGCGUCUGGCGUGCUCGGACCGCUGCCUGGCAUCGUGGGUACUUUUCAAGCGCUCGAGGCCAUGAAAACGCUGGCUGGGGUAGGGGAGUCCAUGCGAGGAAAAAUGUUAACGUUCGACGCGUUGAGCGCGAGA